AUGUUGUCGCGAAGACAAGAUGCUGCAAAUGACAGGCGUGUCGCCGCCAUCUACAACCUGAGCCGCCAGACCGAGUGGUUUGGCUGCGAGCUCGAGAUGAUGGGUCGUCAAAUUGCAGAUCUGUCCGCAGAGAUCGAGGACAUACGUCUAACUAUCCUUACGAUGGUUCGGGAUAAGCAAACAUACUGUGACGCUGGCAACCGGGGCGUGUGCGGGGGAAUUCGUGAAGGACGUGGAGGUCGUGGUCCAGGCGGGGUGCCCCACCAGGGAUCUCCACAACCACCGUCCGGCGACGAAGACGGCGAGGAGACAGUCUCGGAGGUGAAUCCCUUCGACGAUUUUUCACCCCUGCAUGUCGAGGCUAACCCCUUCGCUGCAUACGGCGGCCACAGGUGUGAGGAGGCUGCCUUCGCCCGUGGAUAUCGUGCCCGACGCAAUUGGGGACUUGAUUGCGAAUAUGGUCAAUGGGAGGGCCCGUUUAGCGUUGACAUCCCCACGUUCGACAUUGAGCAAGUUGAAGAGCCUCCGGUAACUAAGAAAAAUCUUUGCAGGGACAUGGGAAUCGAUGAGAAUGCAGUUGUCGGUAUGGAUAUAGAUGACUGCAAAAUUCGUAGUGCAUCGGUAUCAAUUGAUAUAUAUUCAGAUAUUGAUGCAUCCAUUGUUUGUGAUUCAUGUGAUAUGUGUUAUCACGUUUUUUGUGUGGGAUCUGAUCCUAAAGGCAGAUGUGCUCGCUCUUGGUUGUGCCUAAGAGUCUUGGUAUUUGUUGCUGAUGGUGGUAAGACAGUUGUAGUCGUAUCCCUGUUUGAUGAAAAUAAAGAGAAUGUUGCAUUGGUUGGACGACGUUCAACUUUCGUGAGCGCACCGGCUUCGAAGGUGAAGCCUUCCUAA